AUGUCAGACCACAACUCAGCCUCUGAUUCAGAGUCCAACAAACAACCUCCAGCAAAUGAAGAAGAGAUUGCUGUCCUGCAGUCUUAUCUCGAGCAAUGGCACUCAGCUGCUUCAUCGGAGCGAAAGAAUAUCUUGAGAGCGGCUACAAUGGAAGCCCGGACAAAAGCACCAGUGAUGUCAAUUGUACUGUCCAAGGCUCGCAAAGCGACAUACGAGACAUGGUUCCGGAACCAUGCGAAGGCCAAGAAACCGGGGAAACCCCCCAUCAAGAUGGGGCAGAAAUGGACUGAGAGAAGUGUCAUAGACACACUCCAGAAGACGGAGCUCUUGAGAAAAAUCGAGGACGAGACUGGUGCCAAACCUGGAACAAAGGAGAUGAUGAACCAUUACACGGUUCACCUGAACUGGCUGAUGGCAUCGCUUUCACUGGAAGACCUUGAAGAAGCCAAAGAGACAGCCGAUGAAUGGAAUAGUCAGGGCAUUCCAGACAAUGUCAAAGUGGAGAUCGCAAGAAAGAAAGGCGAUGUUAUGAUCCGACACUUUGCAUCGGAGAUGUGGAACCACACCAGGAUCAGGGUGUUCGUGUUGUCAGCUUGGAAGGAUGGGGAGAGCAAGGUCCAGGUGUCUGGACAUGACUAUAACCAAGAGUUUGGUGGUGCCGAGUCGUUCAUGAAGACUCAGAACUGGAAAGUGAUUGAGCCAGAAUGGGACGCAUAUGCUGCAAGUGUAUUCGAGGGCGAUGUGGACGAAAAUACGGUUGCUCAGAAGAGGGGUAGACAGGACAACACGUAUAGCCUUGACAUCGGAGAUGAUGAAUAUCCUGUAAUCCCUGCAUAUGAGUCCAUGGAUUUAGAUACAAAGAAGGCAGUCAUCCGGGCAUUUUUGACAUGGCAUUACAGUCUUCUCAGCGACGGCUCGAGUGAGCCUACUGAAGCCGAGCGUGGUCUAGCCUUGACGGAACGUCAAGGAUUCCUCCGGUGA